AUCCAUCAACAUUUUGUUACCUCCAUCCCUUUAAGACUCCAGACAUAGCACUCGUUAUCUCUAAUUUCACGUUCUACUCCGUUUGCAGCAGUAGAUUUUCAAUCGUUUUCACCUCGGUCACGAUGUCAACCUUUGCACGAAACAUCCUAGGAGGCGGCUUAAAAUCCGAUACUCUGCCAGCUGAUCUCUCGUUCGAAGGCGAAACUGUUCUCAUCACGGGUGCGACAAGCGGACUUGGUCUUGAAGCAACGGUUCAUUACCUCCAGCAUGGAGCAAGUGUCACCAUCACCGCCCGCACUGCCGCGAAAGGCGAGCAGGCAAAACUCGACAUCGAGAGUCGUACAGGAAAGCUAGUCGAUGUGAUGAUCCUGGACAUGGACACUUUCGAAGGAGUCAAAACUUUCGUCAACACAUUCAAGAAGGAGAACAGACAUUUUGAUAUCAUUCUGCUUAACUGCGGAGUCCAAGAAUUCGUUUGGAAGCCAUCCCCUGAAGGAUGGUUCGCCAACAUCCAAGUCAACGUCCUCUCAACCACUUUACUUGGACUUCUGCUCAUCCAAUGGAUGAGAUCAAAACCAGAGCAAUCGCAUUUGCUUUUUGUCGGCUCAGGCUCUCACUGGGAAAAUGACCUCUCCAAAUGGCCAAGAAAAGAUAUCAUCACGUUCUGGAGCAAGGAAGAAAAUUUCAUGUCUGGUCGCGACGCGUAUGGUAUUUCCAAACUGAUGCUUCAUUAUUGCGUCAACGCAAUGGACAAGAUCGCAUCUGCUGGUGGAAAGAUAUCGCCCAUUGUCAACACCGUAUGCCCUGGAAUCGUCCAGACCGGCAUCGCUCGCAGCUUUGGAGGUGGUGUUUGGGGUAUGCAGUGUGUUGCGAAAGCAUACAUGGCUUUGGCUCUCAAAGCUGUACCUGCAGAUGUUGGUGCUAGGUCCCUUGUCGUAGCUGCAAAGACCACUCCAGAGCAGCAUGGAACAUUCAGACGUCCAUACUUGACAGAUGACGAAUAUGAGAAGGUUUCUGCGCCAUUUUUCAAGACAGAGGAAGCAAAGGAGAUUCAGGCUGAGGUGUGGAAGGAGGUAGUUGAGAUCCUCGCUGCGGCAGACCCUGAAGUUUCAAAGAUUGUUUUGUAGUUUGAU